AUGGUCAUCGAGCUCUCGACUGCGACAAUUGCCUCAAAUGUAAUAGCGCAUGGGAUGAAUGUUGUUGUACGUAUAGUUGUCGUAGAUGCAGUAAAAUGAAUCAUUUUUCAGGAGACUGCAAUUUUAGUUGUUACAACUGUGGUAGACCUGGUCAUUAUGCUCGAGAUUGUAAUUACUGCGAAAGAUGUGGCGGAUAUGGACAUCAUUCUGAAGAUUGUUAUUAUUGCGUUAACUGUGGCAGUUACGGUCACAAUUAUGAUAAUUGCAAUUAUUGCGUCAAUUGCGACGAUUACGGCCAUCAUUCCAAGGAUUGCAAUUAUUCUUCUGAUGAGAGUAGUUGUUAUUGUGACAACUGUGGUGAAGCGGGUCAUGAUUAUGAAGAUUGCGAUUACUGCAUCAAAUGUGGUAUGCAUGGCCAUCACACCGAGGAUUUAAACAAUUGCGAGAACUGUGGUGAAUGUGGUCAUUAUUAUGAAGAUUGUGAAUAUUGCAGCGGUUGCGAGGAAUAUGGUCACCACACCGAGGAUUGUGAUUAUUGCGAAAAUUGCGAUGAAUAUGGUCAUCUUUAUGAAGAUUGUAUUUACUGUGUUAAUUGCGAAGACUAUGUUCAUCAUACUGCGGAUUGCGACUAUUGCGAAAACUGUGGUGAAUACGGUCACAAUUUCGUUGAAUGUGAUUACUGUGACAACUGUGGUGAAUAUGGUCAUUAUUAUGAAGACUGUAAUUACUGCGACAAUUGUGAAGAUUAUGGUCAUCACUCUGAAGAUUGCAUCUGUUGCGAAAAUUGCGGCGCAUAUGGUCAUUAUUCCGAGAAUUGCGAUUGUUUCAUCACGCAGCCAUUUUCACGAGGGUUAUAA